AUGGGAAGCUCUGGUGCUGCGCCUUUGGCCUUUUGGGGGCUCCUGCUGGGGAUGCUGGUGGUCUUCGCUUCGGAGGGGCUGGGCAUGGAGGAGCCUCCAGGUGAGCAAAGAUUCUGCAAUGGGGGAAGAAGGAAGAGGAAACUCGGCUUAGCGGGACCCCCAUCAGUGGGGCUUCCUUGGUGAUCCCUCUUAUAUUGGUCUUCCCUGAACAUGGUCUUAGCAGGGAGUCGAUAAGUGACUGUAGAGGCCAAUUGUGGAUCCCCACGUCCUUCCACAGUGGGGACAUGGGUUUCCAGGCAGGAGUUGAUCAAGGUGAGGGUUUGCCAAGCGUGCCUUCCUCUUAGCAAGUUUCUCCUUUCCGUCCUGAGUUCGAGUGUCUUCAAAGUCCAUGAUGUGGGAUGUGAUACAUAAGUAGCAGUCAAGUACAACAUUCCUUGUUUUCCUAGAGUGGACAUGUGGGGGAAUGCUUGGUCCAGCCAGUCGAAAUCUUCCUGUUUCCUCCUGGCUGAGGCAUACUUCCUUUGCACGUGACUAGAGGUAGGCCUGACCUUACCUGUGCAGGUGACAAAAGGACAAGCAUGCUGCCACACACUCUCUGACUUCCUCCGCCAUUGUAGCAACUUUUUAGCUGGAAAUGUUCUAUUGGCUUACAGCCAACAGAGGACACUGGGAUUAUCCCCAUAUGGGAUAGAUCCACACGUAUAUAUACAUAUAUAUAUGUCUGCCUUCAGGGAUCCAACUGUGAACUGAUGAUGUGAGUAAACUUCUUUUAUUGACUUUAGAUAAGAUUGUCGUGUGUUUAUUCUUUUAAGAGGGAUAUAAGGGAACUUACCAGGAACCUAAUAGUGAGAGGCUUACACAAGCCUGCAACCUGUUAUCCUCUGUGUAUUUAAAAGGGGAAUGUAAAACUCUGCUAAGUAAAAGAACUUGCUAGCUCAAGUUAGGAAGAAUAUUAAUAAACAAUAUAUCCUCUCCUCCUUCCUGAACAUUUCCACACAUGACACCUUUGGUAAAGGCUGUACUCCAACUGGAAGGCCAGCGUUUCCCAAUUGUCCAUGCUUAUGCUACAUUUCUUUAGAUUUGCCAAGCGUGCCUUCCUCUUAGCGCAUUUCUCCCUUUCAUCCUGAGUUUGAGCAUCUUCAAAGCCCAUGACACCUUUGGUAAAGGCUGUUCUCCAACUGGAGCGCUCGCAGGCCAGUGUUUCCCAGUUGUCGGUGUUUAUGCUACAUUUUUAAAGAUUUGCCUUGAGAAAGUCUUUAAACCUCUUUUGUUGACCACCAGCACUGCACUUUCCAACUGCCUCCCCAAUAAAGUAAAUAAAUAAAGCAGAUAGAUCAGUUCUGCCCCCCCAACAUAAAUCCUGGCUAUGCCCAUGGGGCCAGGGCCUUGGAGGUUGUGGCUCCCCCUGCACAACGGCCUUCCUGCCAGUCUCUCCCUUUCCUUUGAGAGGAGGAGAAGGGGGGUCUCCCUGCUCAGCCUCCGCCGCACACGCACACACACACACCCCGGCCAUGGGAUCAUGUGACACGAGAGAGAGAACGUGAGACAGAUACACCAUCUCUCUGCCUCCCUCCCCCUGAAGUUCUUGCUCUCCCCCCAGCUCACCCUUCUUGACUCCCCCAUUUUCAUUCUCUCCCCCCCCCCACAGAGCAUUUCCUGUACCAGGCGAAGGGCGAGUGCCACUUCUUCAACGGGACGCAGCGGGUCCGCCUCAUCGAUAGGCACUUCUUCGACCGGCAGGAGCUCUUCUGCUUCGACAGCGACCGAGGGAAGGUGGUGGCGGUGGCUGAAAUGAUGGAGUCCGACGUCAAGGCAUGGAACCAGGACAAGGGCUUCCUGCGGAACUGGAUGGCCGUCGUGGACAUUUGCCGGUACUACUACGGGAUCUACGAGCCAUUCUCCCAGGCCCGGCGCGGUGAGUCCAGAAUCGGGGAGGGGGCAUGAGGGAGGCCGGGCUGAGGGGCAGGGGCUGCCCAGGGACACCCAGGGAGCCUCAAGGCUACAUUAGAGUGGGGGGCUGCAAGGGGGAAUAGGCAGCCUUUCAUGGGGAGAAGAGCGCAUUUCAAACCAAAACCCUGAGCGUUUUUUAGGUACAAAAUGAUGUUAUUUGGACAUUACUCAGUUAUUAUUUGAGUCACCUUAGCAAGUUUCUUGCACACCUGACAUGGAUUCAGGCAGAGCUGCCAUACGUCCCGGUUUUCCUACAUACACCAGGAGAAUUGGGAAUGUUUGAGGGGGUUGCCGAAUGGAAAAAAGUCAGACAUAUGGCAAGUAGGGCAAUUUUUUAAAAAUUGCUUUUAAAAUCCAAAAAAGCCUAAAGCAGGAUAUGUUCCCCCCAAAGCUCAACAGCCCCACCUGAAAGCGCAACUUGGUAUGAAUGGGGGAAUAUGGCAACCCUAUUUUAGGGUUAGAAAUUAACCUCACAAUCUCAAAAUCAAAUACAUACAGGGUUAAAUAAUAAUAAUAAUUAUAAACACAGUCCAUUUCCCUCCCACCUACUCAUUACUAUUUUCAACUAUCAGGCUCCCCCCCACCCCCCAUUCUCCAGGUAUCAUCCCUAAAUCAAAAGUAUAUUGAAAGGAAAAUUACUAUAAUCACUUGGGGGGUGCUUGUGGAUUUGCAUAACAUCUGCUGUAUAGCAUACACAAAUUGAUGUGCUGUUUUUCAGUUGGAGUGAAGGGCCCAAAAAUAAAUUGGUGGUUUCUCUCUCUCUCUCUCUCUCUCUCUCUCUCUCUCUCUCUCUCUCUCUCUCAUGCUCAAACACACACAAAUGUCUGACGGGUGAAGCUUUCCCAAUAAUUGCAUUUCUACAGGAGAAAAAGGGCUUAACCUGUUGAAUUUCUGCCUUCCACUCAGCUCUAUAAGGCACAAGAACCUCAGCUGUCUUUGUGCAAUUCCCUAGCGAGCAGGACCAGUGGUCGGGGAGGAUGGGAAUUGUAGUCCAAAGAGAGUUGGCAACCCAAGUUUGGGAAACACUGAGUAGACCAUUGUACUGAUUUGAUCAUUGUAUUGAUCAGCUUUAGAUCCAUUUCAGUCCGGUUUCCGUCCUGGUUUUGGGACCGAGACGGCUCUCGUUGCCCUAACAGAUGAUCUCUGUAGGCAACUGGAUCGAGGUGGGUCAGGACUUUUAGAUUUGUCAGCAGCCUUUGACAUGGUCGAUCAUGAUCUUCUGGAUCACCGCCUCGCAGACGUGGGGAUACAGGGCAUAGCCCAUAACUGGCUGUGCUCUUUUAUCUCUGGUCGGGGACAGAGGGUGGCACUAGGGAGGGAAAUGUCGUCGCGCCAUUCCUUGGUGUGUGGAGUGCCGCAGGGCGCAAUUCUCUCCCCGAUGCUUUUUAACAUCUUUAUGCACCCCCUUGCCCAGAUUAUCCGGAGCUUUGGGCUGGGCUGUCAUCAAUAUGCUGAUGACACUCAGCUCUAUCUGCUGAUGGAUGGCCACACCGACUCGGCCCCGAACACACUGACCAGAUGCUUGGAAGCUGUGGCUGGAUGGUUUCGUGUGAGCCGAUUGAAACUAAAUCCUUCGAAGACAGAGGUCCUAUGGCUGGGUCGGGAUGGCAUGGGGAUGAGGGACCAACUCCCUUCUCUUGCGGGGCCCAAUUAGUGCCAUUGCCUUCCGUUAAGAGUUUGGGUGUAAUCCUUGACGCCUCCCUUUCCAUGGAGGCACAAGUUACAGCAACAGCCAAGGCGACAUUUUUCCACCUUCGCCGCAUCAAGCAGUUGCUCCCUUACCUUUCCCGCCCCGACCUGGCCACAGUGAUCCAUGCGACAGUCAUCUCCAGGCUUGACUACUGUAAUUCGCUCUACGCGGGGCUGCCCUUGAAGCUGACCCAGAAACUCCAGAGGGUGCAGAAUGCUGCAGCGAGGCUCCUCACGGGGUCUCUGCCAUGGGAGCAUAUUCACCCAGUGCUUUUCAAACUGCACUGGCUCCCGGUGGAGUACAGGGUCAGGUUUAAGGUGCUGCUUUUGACCUUUAAAGCCCUUCGUGGCCUAGGACCCUCGUACCUAUGGGACCGCCUCUCCCGGUAUGCCCCACGGAGAGCCUCAAGGUCCAUAAAUAGCAACACCCUAGUGGUCCUGGGCCCUAAGGAAGUUAGAUUAGCUUCAAACAGAGCCAGGGCCUUUUCAACUCUGGCCCCGGCCUGGUGGAACACUCUGCCUCAUGAGACCAGGGCCCUGCAGGAUCUGAUUUCUUUCCGCAGGGCCUGUAAGACAGAGUUGUUCCGCCUGGCCUUUGGCUUGGAGCCAAUUUGAUUCCCUCCCUCUCUUUCUUUUUCCUUUCCUUCUCCUCCUGCGAUGAGGCUACAUUUUAAUAUUUUAAUGUUUCAAUAUUUUAAUGUUGUAUUUUAAUUUUGUUUUUAAGUUGUAAUCAUUCAACUUGUUUUUAUUAUUGCUUGUAAGCCACUCUGAGCCCGGCCUUGGCUGGGGAGGGCGGGUAUAAAUAAAAAUUAUUAUUAUUAUUAUUAUUACUGUAAGUGAAGGAUACUGUGCAGUGAAUUCUGAAGAUCAUCCUGUUUGCUAGGAAAAUAGGAAGGACAAACUCCUGAGAUUCCCAGGACUCGGAAAUGAGACAGAAGGAUGGAAAGUGUCCUAGGAAGGGGAGGGGCAUCCCAGGACCCCCAGGGAGUAGGAGUUCCCAGUUUGUGGAAUGCCCAGUCUGACACUGGGGAAACUGGGCUGACUCUGGGUAGAUGGGGGGGGUCAGAGAUCCACUGGUAGGAGUGGGAAGUUGGGGGCUGGGCGCGUACAGUGGUGCCUCGCAAGACGAAAAGAAUCCAUUCUAUGAGUCUCUUCGUCUAGCGGUUUUUUCGUCUUGCGAAGCAAGCCCAUUGACAGAUUAGCGGAUUAGCGCUAUUAGCGCUAUUAGCGGCUUUUAGCGGCUUAGCGGCUUAGAAAAGGGGGGGGGAGGAAAAAAAACCCGCAGGAACUCGCAAGACAUUUUCGUCUUGCGAAGCAAGCCCAUAGGAGAUUCGUUUUGCGAAGCACCUCCAAAACGGAAAACUAUUUCGUCUAGCGAGUUUUCCGUCUUGCGAGGCAUUCGUCUUGCGGGGCACCACUGUAGUAUUGAUUGACUGUCCGUGGGCCGAAAAAAUAAAUAUUAUGACUGUAAUAAUAAUACAGUGGUGCCCCGCAAGACGAAUGCCUCGCAAGACGGAAAAACCGCUAGACGAAAGGGUUUUCCGUUUUGAAGUUGCUUCGCAGGACGAAUUCCCCUAUGGGCUUGCUUCGCAAGACGAAAAUAUCUUGCGAGUCUUGAGAUUUUUUUCCGCUUUUCCCCUUUAUCUAAUCUGCUAAGCCUUUAAUAGCCUUUAAUAGCCUUUUAGCAGCUAAUCCCCUAAGCCUUUAAGCCUUUAAUAACCGCUAAACCGCUAAUAGCGCUAAUAGCGCUAAUCCGUCAAUGGGCUUGCUUCGCAAGACGAAAAAACCGCUAGACGAAGACUCUCGUGGAACGGAUUAAUUUCGUCUUGCGAGGCACCACUGUAAUAAUAAUAAUAAUAAUAAUAAUAAUAAUAAUCUUAGCACACCGUCUCUUAACAAUAUCCGAGGUGACCCUUCCUGAAUCCCAAAAUGGUUUUUGGCUUUCUUGGGGGACAGUGGACAUGAUUUUCACCGCUCGACAGCUUCAAGAAAAAUGCAGAGAGCAAAACCAACCCCUGUAUAUGGUGUUUAUUGUCCUGACUAAGGCCUUUGACACUGUAAAUCAUAAUGCCCUGUGGACUGUCCUGAAAACUGGCUGCCCAGAUAAAUGUGUGAACAUCAUUUGGCUCCUCCAUGAUAAUAUGACAGCAACAACCACAGAUAACAAUGGGUCUCAAAGUGAACCAUUCACAGUGGGGUCAGGUGUUAAACAGGUGUUCUUGCCCCAACUCAUUACUUUCAUUACUUUCAUUGCCAUGAUCCUACACUUUGUCGAAGGGAAUCUCCCCACCGGAGCAGAAAUCAUAUAUCGAACAGAUAGAAAGCUCUUCACAGAAGUUUACGAAAAGCUUGGCCUAUCGCUCAACAAUCAAAAAACCAAAGUGCUUCACCAACAAGUAUAAAAUAACCCCUCUGCAGCACCACAAAUCCAACUCAAUGGUGUAACACUGGAAAAUGUCGAUCACUUCUCCCAUCUAGGCAGCUAUCUUUCUAUAAGGGCCAACAUUGAUGCCAAAAUCCAGCAUCGCCUGAGAUCUGCGAGUGCGGCUUUCUCCCAAUUGAAGUGCAGAGUGUUUGAGGACUGGGACAUUCACAAGGAAACCAAAAUGCUUGUUUACAAAGCUAUUGUACUACCAACUUUACUGUAUGCUUGUGAAACAUGGACCACUUAUAAACGCCAUCUCCAACUCCUCGAAAGAUUCCAUCAAUUGUGUCUCCGAAAAUUUUUACACAUCACUUGGGAAGAUAGGUGAACUAAUACCAGUGUACUGGAAGAAGCAGGGGUCGUGGGUGGUGCUGUGGUCUAAACCACUGAGCCUCUAGGGCUUGCUGAUCAGAUGGUCGGCGGUUUGAAUCCCUGCGACUGGGUGAGCUCCUAUUGCUCUGUCCCAGCUCCUGCCAACCCAGCAGUUCGAAAGCAUGCCAGUGCAAGUAGAUAAAUAGGAACCGCUGUGGCGGGAAGGUAAACGGUGUUUCCAUGCCCUCUGGCACUCAUGUCGAAGAAAGCCCCAGAAAGCUGGGAGCCUGAAUGGUGCCCCUCUAGAGGCUUGACACAGGACUGAGACCCUGGCUAGCCCCUCCCCUUAACUAUAGUUCUGGAUUGUCCACUGGGAUGGUGGGAGAGGGUCCCUCCUUAACCUCUCCUCCCUCCCUUGAAGCCUCCAGGUCCCUCCCUGCCUAAAUCUCUGACCUUCCUUCCACAUCUCCCUUGCCUCCCUCCCACAGUCCAGCCCAAGGUGAAGAUCACCCCCACAGACAACGUUGAAUCUUCACCACACAACACUCUGCUGAUUUGCACCGUGAACCGCUUCUUCCCUGCGGGGAUCGAGAUCAAGUGGUUCAGGAACGGGAAGGAGGAGCCCAAAGUGUGGACCACGGACCUCAUCCGGAAUGGGAACUGGACCUUCCAUAUUGAGGUGGUGCUGGAGACAAAGCCAAAACGUGGAGACGUCUACGCCUGCCAGGUGGAGCACGCCAGCUUCGAAGGCCCCGUCACAGUGAAAUGGGGUAGGAUGCCUUCCCAGCCCUGACCCACCUACUGCCCAAGGAAGUGGGGGGCAUUCCUGGGGGGCUAGAUGGGUUGCUCCCCCCUCAGGGGGCUGAUCCCAGGCCUGCCUUUCCUCCCUCACGGCUUUUUCUUCCUUCAGAGCCACAGUCGGACUCUGCCAGGAGCAAGAUGUGGACGGGGAUUGUGGGGAUUGUGCUGGGGCUGGUCUUUGGGGCCACUGGACUCGCCCUUUACCUGAAGAACAAGAAAGGUGACCAUGGGGUGCCAGGGGGAGAGGGAGGGUUGGGUGUGGGGCUGGAUUGGGCUCCAGGCUCCCCCCCUCUUCUUAGGCAGAGGCUCUGGAGAGGGUUCUGUUCCUUCUCCACUCCUAGGAGGUCCCUCUUGGUGCCUCAAAUGGAGCCUCACCUAUUAUGGAGAUGGCCUGAGGUUUAAAUCUGUAGAUUAA